CAACCAGUCACUUCUGCCCUCCUCGUGCUCGCGGUUCUGCAAGUUCGUCCAGAACAAUAUCAACAGCCAUUCACGGGCUGAGAUCGACGUUUGAUCCACCCACUCCCGUUGCCAAUGCCGGAGCUCGUGUGGGGCUGGAUGGGGCGGCUCCUUAAAUAACGAGCACAUGCAACGUGGAAGCUUGAGUGGAGGAAGGCAACAGCUGCUGCAGGCCGCCGACGUCAACCGACAUGCAUCAUUUGUCGUCUUCUAAGCAAGAAAACCCACCGCCACCCUAACAACACCUUCCCCUCUGUCACCAACACAGGGGGCUCCCAGUCUAGGCUGCGUGCCGAAGCCGAACCCGUUGGAUUCUUCACGUCCUCGAUUCAUUCGCUUUCCCGCCCGCCUCCUGUCUGUCCUCUCUCGCCUUUCCAGGGCUUCGGUCCUCCGAAACCGCUCCCCAGGCCCCAAACGCCAAAAACCCACAAUGGACGGCUUUGGCGUGAGCGGCGACGCCAGCUGCAGCACCCAGGCUCCCUGCGGCAUGUCCUCCUCCAAGUACAACAUCGCGUCCGCCGCCGCCGCCGCCAUGCCGCUGGUCGCCCUCUUCCUCCUGCCCUGGCUCUGGCGUGCCAUCGGUGCCGGCUUCGGCUGGUACCUGCGACGCAAGACUGAGGGCCGCCGCCACCAGGUUAUCGAGAUAAUGGAGGCGGACGAGAGAGACAGUGUCUCCCGGAGCAUGCAACAACCCCUCGGGCCACAGAACUCCGGUACCGCCGACAACGGAGCCAAGGGCGAGAAAGAGUGGGACGGGGUCGUGGGCUUCUUUCACCCUUUCUGCAACGCUGGCGGCGGAGGCGAAAGAGUUCUGUGGGCUGCCAUUAGAGCGACACAGAAGCGGUGGCCCAAGGCAAAGUGCAUCGUCUACACAGGCGACCACGAGGCCACCAAGAGUGCUAUUCUAUCGAGGGUCGAGAGCCGUUUCAACAUCCGCCUCCACGCCCCUGCCGUUCAGUUCCUUUACUUGUCGACCAGACACUGGGUCCUCGCCUCGACAUGGCCGCACUUCACCCUUGCCGGACAGUCCUUCGGAUCCAUCAUCAUGGCCUGGGAUGCCUUCUCGCUGCUUGCCCCCGACAUUUUCGUCGACACGAUGGGAUACGCCUUUGCUCUUGGUCUGUCCAAGUGGCUGUUCUCGCACGUACCGACCGGCGCCUACGUCCACUAUCCAACCAUAUCGACCGAUAUGCUCGAGUCCCUAGAUCCUAGCUCCAAGACGGGCUCUCUGGGUGUCAACGCCGGCAAGGGGACAGGAACCAGGGGCACAGCCAAGAAGAUAUAUUGGCAGCUGUUUGCCCAGGCGUACUCGCGCAUGGGCGCAUCCAUCGACGUGGUCAUGACCAACUCGACUUGGACCCAGGCGCAUAUCCAGAAGCUGUGGGGCCCCCGCCGGAGCAAGAACACAAAGGCGACCCAGAUCGCGGUUGUGUACCCGCCCGUCGCGGUCAGCGAGCUGGAGCAGGACGUCGAGGUCUCGUCCAAGAGCGAGGAGGCUAGGGGGAAAGUGCUGGUGUACAUUGCCCAGUUCCGGCCCGAGAAGAACCAUCAGCUCAUCAUCCAGGCGUUCGCCGAGUUCUUUAAGGCCGGAUCGGAGACGGCCAAGGAUUCCAAGCUCGUGCUCAUCGGUAGCGUCCGCGACGACCACGACGCGAAGCGCGUCUACAAGCUAAGGCUGCUGGUCAAUGAGCUGCAUAUCAAGGAGCAGGUUCAAUUCCACCUGGACGCUACGUGGCCCGAGAUUCUGCAAUGGCUGCGCAAAGCUUCUGUGGGCGUCAACGGCAUGUGGAACGAGCACUUUGGUAUCGGGGUUGUCGAGUAUCAGGCCGCCGGGCUCAUCUCGGUCGUCCACGACAGCGGAGGCCCCAAGCUGGACAUCGUCACCGCUAUUGACGGAGAGCCGACCGGUUUCCACGCCACCACCUCGACCGAGUUCGCAGAUGCCUUCCAGAAGGCACUCUCGCACCCCGACCCUCUGGCUAUCAGGAAGCGGGCGCGCCAGUCGGCCAAGAGAUUCACCGAGGAGGAAUUUGCUAAGAAGUGGGUUGCGCAGAUGGAGAAGCUAGUAGCUCUUUCUUUGGCUUGAAGAGGCAUGGUUCCUAUCGUGCUUGGGUAGGCCCCCCCUGCAAUUUCGGUUGACGAGCGUGCUAAAGAUGCAAUCCGCAACAAGGCCGUUCUGCAUUCCCGUUUUCACUACUCGAUACCCCCUUUAUUUGUUCUACACUAAACUCCCAGAGUAUAAACGGAAGGAGCGCGGCGCAUGGUGCAUAUACUGUUUAAUUGUCCACGCGUGUGUAGUUUGCCAUGUCUAUGGACAACAGCAGCAGUGAGUCUAUGUUUAGGGACAUGGUUGUCCAAGUCGGCGAUGCUAGUAUGCGAAAACCCCAUGGGAAGGAAAUGCGACUGCAGAUAUCCAAACGGCACCUUUGAGCAGCACAAGAGAACGAACUCUCGCUUAUAUACUCAACCCCCCACUGUUCUUCUGCCUCACCUCACUGGCGGGGAGCAGCGUGCCGUCCCACAGCCUCUGGAUCCCCUGAACGGCGCUGUAGAUGGGCCCGACCCAGGUGACGUUGUGGCCCCUGGCGGCCAUGCUGGCGACGGUGGCGUUGUCAAAGGGGUACUCGAAGGUGACGGUGUUGGGCAUGAGCUGGUCGUGCAUGCGCGGGCGCGCCACGGCCCGGACCAGGU